GACUUAAUUCUAUUAAUAUCUAUCAUUAUGUGGCCAGCGGGAUGGGAUUCAGUUACAAUUCGUGAAGUUUGUGGUGGCAGUGUUGGACCUUAUUCAAAGGGGAAUUGUUCCAUAGGUUGGGCACCAUUGACUUCAAUUUUCGGAAUAAUUCUUUUGUUAAUCAGUGCUAUAUUAUCUAUAGCAGUUGACAAAUCAAUCACUACACAAACAGCUACUAGACAAAUAUUAUUAAAUGAAAAAUCUUGUGUUUUUCUACAUUAAAGAAAUAUUGAAUGAUCAACAGAUGUGUAUUUGACAGAUAAACAAAGAAAUAUUUAUUUACUGAUAUCUUUAUUGAACAUAGAGGAUGUAUAUAUAUGUAUAUGGUCACGCCUCUAUCAUAUUCAUUUGUGUACUAUGAUAUGGAACAACUUCUACUGGAACUGUUCCACAGUUAUUGCUGAUUGCAAGCUCAGAUUUGUAACGAAACAUUCCGUAAUUUUUUUUAAUGUUCAGAAAAAUCAUAUCUGAAUUUAUUGUGAAGUUCUAAAAUAAAAUGAAUAGUGAAUUAUCAUAGUUUCCUUUCCAUUUUUAAAUCCUCACAGAUAAAAG